UUUGCAGGUGGCAUCUCCUCCCUCUCUCUCCCUCUCUCUCUCUCUCUGUCUCAGAGUCUUCUUCCUUUCUUUCUAGAACAUUUCAACCCCUCUUUCUGCUAAUUCCAUACACUCAUAUGCAUUUCAUUGAAGGAUUUCAUCAAAGAGGUGAGCAAAAACUCCAUCUUUCCAUUUCAAUCUCCUCACCCCUCUCCAACGGUCAUAUUUCCACUUGAAAUCCCACCCAUGGAUUUCUCUCUCUUUUCUUUUCUUUUUCUUAUCCUCCUCCAAUUCUUCAAACCCCACUCUCUUGUAGAUUGCCUGAAUGAUGAAGGUUCUGCUCUUCUCUCAUUCAAGCAAUCGAUCCAACAAGACCCAGAAGCUUCCUUAAGCAACUGGAAUUCAUCUGAUGAGAACCCAUGUUCAUGGAAUGGGAUUUCAUGCAGCAGAGAUCGAAAGGUAUUUUCCAUUAGCAUUCCCAAGAAAAGGCUUUUGGGUUUUGUCUCUCCAGUUCUUGGGACUCUUCCUUUCCUUAGACAUGUCAAUCUGAGGAAUAACAAGCUCCAUGGAAGUCUGCCCAUCGAGCUCUUUGAUGCAAAGGGCCUCCAAAGCUUGGUUCUUUAUGGUAAUUCCUUAUCUGGGUCUCUCCCUGCUGAGGUUGGGAAGCUUAAAUUCCUCCAGAUGUUGGAUUUAUCAGAGAAUUCUCUCAACGGCUCGAUACCCAUUUCCUUGCUUGAAUGCAAGAGGCUAAGGACCCUGAAUCUUGGCCGAAACAACUUUACGGGUUCUCUGCCAAUUGGAUUUGGUGGUAGCUUGACCGCGUUGGAAAAACUCGAUCUUUCCUAUAACGGAUUGAACGGUUCGAUUCCUAUUGAUAUUGGUAAUCUUUCUAGCCUUCAAGGGACGGUUGAUCUGUCACAUAACCAUUUCUCAGGAACAAUCCCGGCGGGCCUCGGAAACCUGCCGGAGAAGGUUUACAUCGACCUGACUUAUAACAAUCUAAGCGGUCCCAUACCCCAGAAUGGGGCUUUAGUGAAUAGAGGCCCGACAGCGUUUAUUGGGAACCCAGAGCUCUGUGGCCCACCAUUGAAGAACCCGUGUUCUUCCGACGCAAGCAGUCCGUCCUCAAUUCCUUUUCUACCGAAAAACUACCCACCACAGUUGUCGGAUGGCGAUAAUUUGGGUCAGAGCAGCAAGAGGAGAGGCUUGAGUAGAGGUGCGGUGGUUGGGAUUGUGGUGGGUGAUGUCGUCGGCAUCGGUCUUAUUGGGUUGGUGUUCUUUUACUGUUACUGGCAGGCACUUUCAUGUAGGGGUAGGGAGGAGGGAGGUACUUCUGACAAGGGGCAAAGGGGUAGAAAGGAAUGUUUGUGUUUUAGGAAAGAUGACUCAGAGACUCUAUCUGAAAACGUCGAGCAGUUCGACCUUGUUCCAUUGGAUAUGCAGGUUGGUUUUGAUUUGGAUGAGCUUCUGAAGGCAUCAGCGUUUGUUUUGGGGAAGAGCGGGAUUGGGAUUGUUUACAAGGUUGUGCUUGAAGACGGGCUGACAUUGGCAGUGAGGAGAUUGGGGGAAGGGGGUUUACAGAGGUUUAAAGAGUUUCAGACAGAGGUAGAAGCGAUUGGAAAGCUCAAACACCCGAAUAUCGUUACACUUAGAGCUUAUUACUGGUCGGUUGACGAGAAGCUUUUGAUCUAUGAUUACAUUCCCAAUGGCAGUCUUGCUGUUGCAAUUCAUGGGAAGACUGGGAUGGUGGCAUUUUCACCCCUUUCAUGGCAUACCCGACUGAAAAUAAUGAAGGGAAUUGCGAAGGGCUUGGCUUAUCUGCAUGAAUUCAGCCCGAAGAAGUACGUCCAUGGGGAUCUAAAGCCCACGAAUGUUCUACUUGGGCUAAACAUGGAACCAUACAUAUCUGAUUUUGGGCUCGGACGCCUUGCUAACAUCGCAGGAGGAUCACCCACAGUGCAAUCCAAUCGGAUGGGUGUCGAAAAACAACCAUCAGAAGUCUCAGAUAGUCUGGCCAUGAGUCCCGAAUCUUGUUAUCAAGCUCCUGAAGCCUUGAAACUACUAAAACCAUCACAGAAGUGGGAUGUUUACUCCUAUGGAGUGAUUUUACUAGAACUUAUCUCAGGAAGAUCACCAAUUGUUCUUUUGGGCACUUCCGAAAUGGAUUUAGUUAGAUGGAUACAGGUCUGUAUCGAGGAGAAGAAGCCACUUUCGGAUGUUUUAGACCCGUUUUUAGCUCGGGAAGUGGAGAGAGAAGACGAGAUGGUUGCUGUGCUGAAAAUCGCUUUAGCUUGUGUUCAGACCAAUGCUGAAAGAAGACCUCUGAUGCGGCAUGUUUCAGAUGCUUUGGACAGGUUGAACACUGAUGGCUGAGAAAGACCCACAAAUCCAUUUAAGCUUGAAAAUUGAAUGUAUGUUCAGAGCUGUAUUUGGAUGUGCUAUUGAAUUGAAUUGCAAUAACUAGUUCAAAAAAAUGGAAAUGACCAAAUUACAGGUACCCUCCUUACUAUUACAUCAAUGGACUAUGCUCCAAUUACAAUCUGCAUUCUUUUCAAGUUGGACCUGCAAGGAAUGCAAUUAAGAACUGACAGUUAAUUACUCCUUGUGAAUAGAAAGGCACUUAAAAUUUUGGUCAUUACCCCUCUAUUGAACUAAUUAUUGCAAUUCAAUUCAAUAAUGCAUCCAAAUGCAACCUCAAAUGACGAUUUUAAGAGAUAGUUCCCAAUAGCAACCAAAACCCACCAUUUCAUAUCAGAUAAAGGGACUGCAUUUUCGUAAAUGAGCCUGGUUGAGCUUUCAGAGCAAGGAAGAAUACUAUGGUAUGGAAACCACCACAGCUUUUCCUUUUUAGUUCUUCUUACAUUUGCGUCAAUAGAGAUAGAUUUUCCUAUAAUUACGUUCUCCUGGAAUGGUUUGUUCAGUUUCAUAGCUAUUUGUCUUUGUACUUUA